GCUGGUGGCCGCGCAAGUGAAGCCGGAAGCGGCGGCCAGAGCCCAGGCCCGCGGCAGGGGCGGGGCAUUGCAGGUCCGGCUGCUCUGGUCCCGCACCGCGCGGGUCGUGGCCACUGCUGCCUGUCAAGCGCCAUGCUGGGCAGGUCCGGGUACCGGGCGCUGCCCUUGGGGGACUUUGACCGCUUCCAGCAGUCGAGCUUCGGCUUCCUGAGCUCGCAGAAGGGCUGCUUGUCCCCGGAACGGGGCGGCGUGGGGACGGGGGCCGAUGUGCCCCAAAGCUGGCCCUCCUGCCUCUGCCACGGUCUCAUCAGUUUCCUGGGGUUCUUGCUCCUGUUGCUCACCUUCCCUGUUUCUGGAUGGUUUGCCCUGAAGAUCGUGCCCACCUACGAGCGGAUGAUCGUGUUCCGGCUGGGCCGGAUCCGUACCCCCCAGGGGCCUGGCAUGGUCCUGCUCCUGCCCUUCAUUGACUCCUUUCAGAGGGUGGAUCUGAGGACACGAGCCUUCAAUGUCCCUCCCUGCAAGCUGGCCUCUAAGGACGGGGCUAUGCUGUCCGUGGGGGCUGACAUCCAGUUCCGCAUCUGGGACCCGGUGCUCUCGGUGAUGACCGUGAAGGACCUGAACACGGCCACGCGCAUGAUGGCCCAGAACGCGAUGACCAAGGCCCUGCUGAAGAGGCCGCUGUGGGAGAUCCAGCUGGAGAAGCUCAAGAUCAGUGACCAGCUCCUGCUGGAGAUCAACGACGUGACCAGGGCCUGGGGGCUGGAGGUAGACCGCGUGGAGCUGGCAGUAGAGGCCGUGCUCCAGCCGCCCCAGGACAGCCCGGCCAGGUCCAGCCUGGACAGCACCCUCCAGCAGCUGGCCCUCCACUUCCUGGGAGGAGGCGUGUCCUCAGUGGCAGGAGGUGCCGUUCCCCCAGGGCCAGACACCUUGGAGAUGGUGAGUGAAGUUGAGCCGCCUGCCCCACACGUCAGUGCUGGGCCCAGCCCGAAGCAGCCUGUGGCCGAGGGGCUGCUGACUGCUCUGCAGCCCUUCCUGUCGGAGGCCUUGGUCAGCCAGGUCGGAGCCUGCUACCAGUUCAACGUUGUCGUGCCCGCUGGCACCCAGAGCAUUUACUUCCUGGACCUCACCACAGGACGAGGGAGAGUGGGACGUGGGGUGCCUGAGAGCAUCCCCGAUGUGGUGGUGGAGAUGGCCGAGGAGGACCUGCGGGCCCUGCUGUGCAGGGAGCUGCGGCCCCUGGGGGCCUACAUGAGCGGGCGGCUGAAGGUGAAGGGUGACCUGGCUGUAGCCAUGAAGCUGGAGGCUGUCCUCAGGGCCCUGAAGUAGCAGCAGCCUUGGCUGGCCGCCCAUAGCCCAGCCCCGAGCUUGGCACCAAGCCAGGACGGCCUCUUGGAGGAGGAGGCGGCACUGUUGAUGCACCUUGGGGAGUCGAGGCUCUCCAGCAUUUCAGGCCCAGCCUGGAGCCAAUGGACGGAGGCUGGGAGAGGCCAAGCCAGGCUGUCCUGCCCCUCUCACCUGCAGCACUGCUUCUCUGGACAAGCCUUUGCCCAUCGCCUGAGCUGGGUGCACCAUGUGGAUGUGCCUGCCCUGCUCUGCUCUCCACCUGGCUGGGAAGGCAGGACCACCGAAACGGCCUGGCAGCAGCUGCUUCACCCUUGUAUGAGGGGCCAGAGUGUGUGGCCCUGGCUCUGAAUCCUGGGGGAGCUUGGAAGGAGAGGCGGGGGGGGGAUGGGAGGGGAGAAGGCAGGCAGCCACCAAGAAGAGCUC